CAAUGAGCAUGUGUCUAGGUACAUGGUGUAGUCUCUCAGAUACACUGUUGUGUAGAACUCUUGUAGUAGUCGUUUGCCUAAGCAGAAGUGAUUUAAGAAAUUAGUAUAAGUGGCUAAAGUGCAAUAUGGUGACCCAGGGACUAUAUAUAUAGUUAAUGAAAACCAGUGUAAGAGAAUAGCUAGUAGCUGUAUGACUGCAGUUGGCUAGUCUCCUCAAACCUAAAACUUGUACAAGUGGCCAACCAGGACACAACACUGUGGCAAUGGCGGCUCAGACACAGACAGCCGGAGAAAAUGAUAGCCCCACCAGGCAUAUUGUUGCCAAAACUGUGAAAACCAUCGUGCCUGUGGCAGAGGAAUGUGCGUACACACAGUUCUACUGUGAGGAAAAUGUGUGGUGGCUAUGCGACUAUGUGCGUACGCACGAAAGUCAGCAGUUGGUCAAGUGUUUUGUGGCAUUCAUCAGUAAUGAGUCACGGUGUGUACCACUAUGGAGACAACGAGUGGGCAAGUCCGAGGAUAAACUUAUAACUUGGGAUUAUUCUAACAUCUUCACAUGUGUUGCGCCGAGUGAAAAGGACUACCAUGUGAUCUUCAUGUAUGAACCCGACGACCGGUGCUUGGUGUUUGACCUGGACUCUGAUCUGCCGUUCCCCACGUACUUUCACAAGUAUGUUACAGAGACUCUCCGCACAGAUCACAUCCUUCGCCCAGAACACCAUAGAUACUUCCGAGUAGUUUCAGCAUCUGUGUUCCUUCAAAAGUUUGCCAGCGACAGACGGCACAUGAGACGUGAAGACGGCACCUGGAUGCAUCCUCCCCCACCAACCUCGCCAAUUGCAACUCCAGAAUCUGUUCACAAUCUUGAUGAUUUCAUCAGCAUGGACCCGAAGCGGAGCGUCGGGACUGUAUAUAAUCUCCAGGAUUUUGUACGCAGAUUCUACAAGAACAUGUAGAGCAUCUACAUCUACAUACUAUUACCCUCUUCAUGAAGAUAUGAAGGAUGCUCGGUUUACAAGAGUUUCCAAAGUCUGGAAUACCUGUUGUAUCAUUUAAUGUAGUCACCUUUAAUGAAAGAAAUUUUUGUUCUUCAUGUGUGAUACUUUGAAAAUAAAUUUUGUUAAAAGUGAUUUAAAAAUGUUGAGAUGUUAAAAAUUUUUUUUUUUUUACACUGUUGUAAUGUUAAAUAAUUAAGAGUAUCAUAGAAAAUCAUAAUGUGUUAUGAGUCUGUUGAAAGUAAUUAAGACAUUAAUUUUUAUAUACAGAAUUAUAAGAAUUUAUUAAAUUAUUCAUUAAUUGCCUUUUCAGGAUGUACUGUAUCUUCUUUGGCAAACCUAUAUAGAAUUUUUAUUAUAAAUUUAUAUUUGUAUAAUUUAAACAUUUAAAAAUUGCCUUUGCAUCUUAAACUGAAGAUAAUUUCCAGGAGAGUUAAGGUGAUAGAAUAUAAAGUAAGUUAGUGAGAAGUUGAUGGUAGAGUAUAUUCAGUCAGUGAGAAGUUGAUGAUAGAGUAUAUUCAGUCAGUGAGAAGUUGAUGGUAGAGUAUAUUCAGACUGUGAGAAGUUGAUGGUAGAGUAUAUUCAGUCAGUGAAAAGUUGAUGGUAGAGUAUAUUCAGUCAGUGAGAAGUUGAUGGUAGAGUAUAAUUAAUCAUUGAGAAAUUGAUGGUAGAGUAUAUUCAGUCAGUGGAAGUUGAUGGUAGAGUAUAUUCAAUCAAUGAGAAGUUGAUGGUAGAGUAUAUUCAGUCAGUGAGAAGUUGAUGGCAGAGUACAGAGCUAUUUAGUGAGAACAUGUGUGUAGCCCCUCACACAAACAAGUGUGGUGUGUGGCAAAAUUUGUGUGUAUAACCAUCAUGUUGCAUGAAGGAAUUUACAGUUACAUGGAAAGAAAAAUGUCUAAGAAUUUGUAGGCGUGAUAAUGAAGACACACUGCAGAACAAGCUUUUAUGGAGACAAUGUUUUGCUCUAAAUUUAAAACAUGGUACUCAUUGGAAGCGAAUUCCAUGUAAGAUUUCAAAAGUAGAUAUGAUUAGAUUCAUUCGUGUUAUUCAGAAAGUGGGACCAAGAGCUGGAGUAUUCCCCUCACGAAGUCAUAUAUGUAAUUACAGAGCUUUAGAAGAUAUGACCAGGAUGAUGGUUUGAUCUACCUGGAGUAUACCUGAAGGGUGUUCUGGGGGUCAACGCUCCUGUGGCCUGGUCCAUGACCAGACCUCGUGGUAGAUCAGGGCCUGAUUAACCAGGCUGUUACUGCUGGCCACACAUAGUCCAAUGUAUGAAUCACAGCCUAGCCGAUCAGGUAAUGAAUUUAGGUAUAUGAUGGGUAAAUGGUUUUGAGAGAGAGAGAGAGAGAGAGAGAGAGAGAGAGA